AUGACACCAUCAGAGAAAGCCAGCCUAAAGGAGAGGAUUGAGACGUUGGGAGAGCGCUUUACGCUUAGUGAAGAUUAUCGUGGUCGCCUGCCCAGUUACCUAUCUCGCUUUACUGGAUACAAGCCUCCAAAUGCCCAGCCUCCGUAUACUGCUUUGGGCAUCCCACCUUUUUCUUGGCUAAAAUACCUUCCGCUGAAACUGGAAAUCUGCAUUUUUACCUGGAUUGGGGCGUUUGGGGGAAUUCUUCUCAUAGAGGCAAUCAUGUCGGCAAAUACAGCAUUUUCGGAAGUUUAUCAUGCACCUAUCAUUAUCACAUCAUUUGGCGCCUCGGCGGUUCUAUUGUUUUCCGCCAUCGAAUCCCCUCUUGCACAACCCCGAAACUUCGUCCUAGGCCAUUUUGUAUCCGCCCUCGUCGGCACAUGCAUCACCAGACUCUUUGUUCUGGAUCCAAACUACCACAUUGGUCUCGACGAGGGUGGUUUCCACGCCAAUGUUUUCGUAAAUGGCGGUUUAAGCAUGGCAACAUCUGCCCUCGCGCAAGUUUUAAUUGGGGCCGUGCAUCCACCUGCCGGUGCAACUGGACUCAAUGCCGCUGUUCAAUCAGAAGUUGUCACUCUCUCCUGGCGUUAUCUGCCAGUCAUACUUGCAUCUUCUCUAAUCAUGCUUGGCUGGGCUCUUAUAAUAAAUAAUGUCGGGCGUCGGCGUUACCCUGUUUUCUGGUGGAAACCAGGUAAAGUGUUUGUUUCCGCAACAAAGGAACAACAAAGUAUGGAACGUGCGCGUGAGGCUAGGGAACUGGAAACUGCCCUCAGGGUAGAGGAAGGGGCUACUUUGGGCGAUGAAGAAGAAGUGAGCGAAGCUGGUAGGCCCGAAGUAUGA